AUGAUUAUAUGUUUUGCUGCUGUUGAUCAAUAUAUGUCAACAUCAAUGCAUGAAAGACGUCAAGCUAUCAAUCUCAAAUGUAUGCAUCGUUUAAUUGUAAUUUCUAUAUUUCUUUCCAUUUUAUAUGGCAUACCAUUUCUUGUUUUUUAUGAUAUACAACCAUUAUCUGGAACAAAUACAACAACAUGUCGUCCCAAUGAUAACAAUGGACCAUUUUCUAAAUAUGUAAUAUAUGUUAGUUUACCUGUCAUUGACGGUUUUAUACCUAUCUUCAUAAUGAGUAUAGCUGGCUUUAUUGCAUUUCUUAAGGUUCGUACUAUAACCAAGAGAAAAGUACAUAUUAUACGGCUACGUUUAGAGCAACAAUUAACUGCAAUGGUUGUAAUGAAAAUUCUUGGCGUUUUUAUCACUAUAAUUCCGUUUCUUAUUCUUUAUAUUAUUCGAUCAACUUGGCUUCGACCACUUGAUCGAAAUGAAACUGAUUGUCUACAAAAAGGCUAUAAACCAAUACGUCUUGUCUAUACAGAACAACCAUUAACUGCUCGAAUACUUGUUGAUGGUUCAAAAACAUUACCUAUUGAUGAUUUAAUACGUGAAUUUUUUUCUUUACAUCGUAUGCUUCUAUCAAAAACUCAACUUGAUGAUAUUGAUAUAUGUCUUUUACCGCAUUGUGAUAUACAUGAAAUAACUGUAAAUCAAUUAACAAAGUUAAAUGGUCAUCAAGAACCUGUACUUCUUUUAACUGCCCGUUCAAACAGUGAAUAUUUACUAACACGUGAUCUUGAAGAAUUAACAUUUCGUCAACAAACUGGUUUAAAUGUUGAUAUAUCUGUUUUAAAUCAUAUUAAACAAGAUAAUGAACGUUUACGUGAAGAAAAUCAACAACAAAAUGAACGUAUCAAUGAAUUAGAAAAACAAAUAUCUGAUAUAAUAACAAUUCGUGAUGAAAUGAAAAAAUUAUGUAAAGAAUAUAAAAAUGAUUUGAAGAGAAAUAUCGAUAAGAAUGAUGAAUAUUAUAAAAAAUUUGAACGUUUAGAUCUAAAACUGAACAAACAAUUAUUACAAGAACAAAAUCUUCUAAUUUCUACAAGACUAAAAAGUGAAUAA